CUUCACCCUUUGUUCCCUGUUCGUCAGCAGCCCAGAAGCGGGAGUGUUGAUAAAGCUGUAAGAGAGCUGCAGCAGCAGCAGUUGAUGAACUCUGGAAAGAAGUCCAGCAGCUUGAGGAACAUCUGGUCAAAGAAACUGGAGGGAAGCAGGAGCUCAAACAGCGGCAGGACGCAGCAGAGGAAGAGACACCAGAUGAUGGAUGAUGUUUUCCAGCCCAGAUUAGUGCUGCCAGCAGAUGUUAAAGAAGAGGCUCCUGAAGAACAGAGUCCUGAUGUGGAUCAGCAGGAGCCAGAGCCCCUCCAGAUAAAGGAGGAACAGGAGGAACUCUGGACCAGUCAGGAAGGAGAACAGCUCACUGUGAAGGAGGAGACUGAUACCAGGUUUCCAUUAACUGCAGCUCCUAUCAAGAAUGUUAAAGAAGAGGCUCCUGAAGAACAGAGUCCUGAUAUGGACCAGCAGGAGCUGGAGCUCCUCCACAUAAAGGAGGAAAGUGAAGGAAUCUGGACCAGCCAGGAUGGAGAACAACUGAAUGUGAAGGAGGAGACUGAUGAUACCAGGUUUCCAUUAACUGUUGUUCAUAUGAAGAGUGAAGAGGAUGAAGAGAAACCUCUGUUCUCUCAGCUUCAUCAACACCAAACAGAAGACAGAAAUCUUCUAAGCAGCAGCUCAGGUGACCAGAUAAAAGCAGAAAUUAAAGAAGAGGACUGUUGGACAGCAGAAACCAGCAUAAACCCAGAUCUAAAUACUCAUGGAGGCUCUUCCAACUAUUCACUGACUAAAGACGGUGAAGAUGAUGAAGAGGAUGAUGAUGUGAAGCAUCAUGAAUCUGAGCUUAAUUGCUUAUCAGACUCUGAAACUAAAGACAGUGAGGAUGAUUGGAAGGAGAGCAGGACUCCAGGGUCAGACAGAAACACUGUCAACAAAUCUUUGAGCUGCUCUGAGUGUGGAGGAAAAUUUGCUAACAGACGCUCUCUUCAGAGUCACAUGACAUGUCAUCCAAGAUUAACGUCUUCAGAUUGUUCCAGUAAUGAGACGUGUUUCAGAGAGAAGAAAAUUAUAGAUUCACUGACAAAAGUCCAGAAAGGUGUUAAAAAGUUUAAUUGUGGUGAGUGUGGUCAAGGUUUUAUCAAGAAAUAUAAUUUAACACAACACACAAAAGUCCAUACUGGGGAGAAACCCUUUAGUUGUGAUGCAUGUGGAAAAAGAUUUGCCUACAAGUCAGAUUUAAACAAGCACAUGAAAAUCCACACAGGAGAUGAACCUUUUGGUUGUGAUGUAUGUGGAAAAAGAUUUUGCUACAAGUCAGUUUUAAAAAAGCACAUGAGAAUCCACACAGGAGAUAAACCUUUUAGUUGUGAUGCAUGUGGAAAAAGCUUUGUGCAGAAGUCAACUUUAGAUAAACACAUGAGAAUCCACACAGGAGAUAAACCUUUUGGUUGUGAUGCAUGUGGAAAAAGGUUUUGCUACAAGUCAGAAUUAAACAUACACAUGAGAAUUCACACAGGAGACAAACCUUUUAGUUGUGAUGCAUGUGGAAAAAGAUUUGUCUUCAUGUCACAAUUAAACAGACACAUGAGAAUCCACACAGGAGACAAACCCUUUGGUUGUGACGUAUGUGGAAAAAGCUUUGUGCGGAAGUCAACUUUAGAUAAACACAUGAGUAUCCACACAGGAGAUAAACCUUUUGGUUGUGAUGCAUGUGGAAAAAGAUUUUGCUACAAGUCAGAAUUAAACACGCACAUGAGAAUUCACACAGGAGAUAAACCUUUUAGUUGUGAUGCAUGUGGAAAAAGAUUUGUCUUCAUGUCACAAUUAAACACGCACAUGAGAAUCCACACAGGAGACAAACCCUUUGGUUGUGAUGUAUGUGGAAAAGGCUUUGUGCGGAAGUCAACUUUAGAUAAACACAUGAGUAUCCACACAGGAGACAAACCCUUUGGUUGUGAUGUAUGUGGAAAAGGCUUUGUGCGGAAGUCAACUUUAGAUAAACACAUGAGUAUCCACACAGGAGACUAAUCUUUGCUUUUGAUGCAUGUGGAAAAGGUUUUGCUUCAAAAUCAUAUUUAAACAAACACAUGACAAAUCCACACAGGAGAGACAAAAAUAUUUGGUUCAGAUGCUUGUGGCAACUUCUUUGCCUUCAAGUCAUCUUUAAACAUACAAGAAUCCAAACUUGAGAGACACUUUUUUGAUGAAAUAAAAGAUAAACCAUUUGCUGGUUAUGAUUAUGGAAUAGAUUUAAGCAUAAUUUAAGACCCUCUUUACACCAUAUUGCAUAGGUCCCAGGAAGCUAUGUUUUUCCACAUCUGUUAUCAGUUUAGCUAGCCAAUAGUGGCAGAUUUGUGGAAGUUCCAGUUGCUUGUGCUGAAAAGCAGCAGCAGCUCGCUUGUUUAGUUUGCCCGGGAGUGGAUAUUCACCAGAUAGAUAGUGGUGAAAAAGUGUUUGCCACCUAAACCUAAUAACUGGUUGGGCUAACCCUCAACAGCAACAACUGCAAUAAAGCGUUUGCUAUAACAUGCAAUGAGUCUUUUACAGCCCUGUGGAGGAAUUUUGGUCCACUAAUCUUUGCAGAAUUGUUGUAAUUCUGCCACAAUGGAGGGUUUUUUAACAUGAACAAGCUUUUUCUCAGUUAAGAUUAUAAUACAGUUUUAAAGUCACACAUUAACUGUGACUGUCUUAUCUUUUUCAGAAUUAGAAAACUACAAGUAUAAUCACAGCAACAUGUAUGAUGAUUUUCUAUUUUUCUACAAUUAUUAAAUGUAAUGAAGGGUGGUAAUGUUAAUCAAUUGUGAUGUAUUCAUAAAAAUAAAGUGAUGUUUUUUUUUUUUAGCUGUAACUGGUAUCAGAGCAAGAAACAGAGAAAUACUGUGUUAGAAAGCUUGAGGCACCAUGGCUUGGGAGCCAGAGGCGGCAGAGACAUAACAUUAGGACGGGUGGGGCAGAGGAGAGCCAGCUCACGGGAACUGGGCAUGGAUGGAAGGUCAACGAGCAAGAUCAAGUCAUAACAAGCAUGGGAGCGAGAAACGAGAAGCCAGUUUCAUGCUGUUUUUCAUCAGUCUGAAGUUCGAAAAACAGGCAAAAGUCAUCGGACCAAGAUGGGAGCGGGAAUCAUGAAGGUUGAAAAACAGGCAAAAGUCAUAACACAGGGAGCCAGCUGGGGGCUGUUUAUGACUCUGUCUACGGAGGCCAGGAGAUAGCACCGAAAAAUAACGGCGACUGCAAUAUAAAAACUCUGCCAAAGAAAGUAACGGGGUUGUUUCCUCGCAGAAGACCAGCAAACAAGAUCGGACGAAGAAAGAAGCUACAGAUGAAUCAGAAGACCGGAGAUGCAGCCCCGCUGACAAUUCUGCAUUAUAGAGAAGAUCAACCCGUGUGCCCUGAGAAGAGCUGCAACUAAGAAUUGAGAAUCUGAAUUUCAUCUGUUGCAUUUUUACCAAGACAACUGAAGUGAACUUGGUCAGUGAACAACUGAUUGCUCCAAGUUUCAGGCUUCUGGAAAUCCUGAACCAACCUCAAUUACACCUCAAAGGUUUCCUGCAACUAUUCAGGCUCUUUACCAUCGAAACCCCGAGCAUCAGUACCUGUCCACUUAGAGGAAGAAAACUGAACAUUUGCCUCUCAUCCAAGAAAACAGUCACUUGUGGCCUAUUGAAGAAAUCAUUCCAGUCGGAUCCAUGGUGAACCUCCGUCUCCAAAGCCUCUUCAGCCUUACCAGUUUCAGCAUUAGGGUCAGAUAGGUUAAGUUGAUUGAUUUAUUUCUAUUAUUCAUUUUUUUUAAGUUUUGCUGAUUGUUAAUCUGUUACUGACACCUGCAAAAUUAAUUAAUUAAAUAAAGCAUAUGAAAUUCUA